AUGGCUACCGCGUAUGAUCCUAGCGAUUCGGACAAUUUACCGGCGACAUUAACAGCUGAUGACAUUCAAGAGCUCAUCAAGAAGAACGAGCAGACCGAAGUGAAGAGUCUUGACGUGGAGGGUUGCGCUGCUCUGGUGCGGAAAGUAGCAUCAUUGGUGAAGGAGAAUCAGAGGCUUCGUAUUAAGCACUCCGAUGACCCGACCAAAUUUUUGGAGAGUGAAGUCUCACUCGCUGAGGAGAUACGCCGUUUGACCGAGUUAGCCGUUAACCCAGCCGAGCUGUACCCUGCCUUUGUAGCUGGGCAUGGGGGGAGAGUGCUCGUUGGCCUCCUCCAGCACGCCAAUGUUGAUAUCUGUGCGGAAGCUCUUGCGGUCCUUAGCGAUCUCACGGAGCCUGAGGUCUUGGCUGAUUGUGAAGAUAAAGUGGCAGGGGAUUUCGUUGAAUCGCUAGUAACUGAUGCCAAGUUGGGGAGUAUAUACAUCGAAACGUUGUGGCGGAUCUAUAGGGAACAGGGAGAGGAAGCAGAGAGUAGUGAGGAUAUCUCGGGGAAGGAGAACGAUGAAGCUGGUAAAAUGGAGGAUGCUCAGCAGGCUACUACAAACUGUCUUCAGACUAUUGAAAAUCUAUUUGAAAUAUGGCCAGCUAAAACGGUACCUGAGUUUGCAACGGGAAGGUUCGUCGAAUGGCUUGUCACUGUCAUCAAAGAAGCAGUGAGGGAGAAGAACUUCACGUAUAACGCGCUUUUUGCCUCUGAACUCCUGUCACUAUUACUGCAACAGUGCCUUAAUCCUACUCAAACCAUCCCACAGAUCGUAGAUCGUCGUAGCUUGGAUCGACUACUUCGUGUUACUAACAUGUAUCGUCACAAUGAUCCUAAGGAGACUAGUGAAAAUGAGCUGUUGGAAAAUGUGUUUGAUGCACUCGUGCUUAUCGUGCCAUAUCACCAGACGGCGUUCGGUCAGUCUCAAGGAGUUCAGCUGAUGGUGAAGUUGUUGUCCCAAGGGGCGGGGAAGCGUCUUGCGGCACGGUUGAGUCUUCGGGUCCUCGAGGCAGCCUUGCGAGACCAUCCGGAAAAUUGCAAGAUUUUCGUGGAGCAGAUGGGGUUGAAGUCGAUAUUCGGAUUGUUGAGCCACCGCAAGGCUACUGAUACAGAGAUGGAGGCAGUGGUGAGCAUCAUCUACCAUCUACUGAGGAACACUAGGGGCUCGGAAGCUGCUCGGGUGUUGAACAAGUUCACGGAAGGGUCUUUCAGUAAAGUCGAUACUCUGGUGAAAUUGCGAGAGGAUACUCGAAAGCAUCUGGAGCGAAGGCUGAAGGCCUACGAUGAGGAGAGCGCUGAGAGGGGCUCGGCGGUAGCAGAGGAGGAGGAGGAGGAUCUGGGGGAGGAUCCUAAGGAGGCGCGGUAUGUUUUCGCACUGGGGAGUGGCUUGUCUCAGCUGCAGCUCAUUGACCUAUGUCUGUUAUUACUCUGUCACAAUUCGGGAAAUAAGGCCCUUACGGAGCAUCUCUGUAGAGCGGUCCAAGGGAUGACAGGUUCAAUACGUGAGGUUAUUGCUCAGUAUACGGAUGAGCUUGAGGACUCGGAGAAAGGCCGGACGAAGGAUCUUAUGGAGAUGGUCACUGGUUUGGAGCAUCUCUGUGAGAAGGUUGCUAAGAGUGGCAAGUCGAGUAGACGCGAUGAUGGGGACUUGAGUGGGCCGGAGGCGAAGCGGAGUAAAGCUUGA